UCAAAUAUUAAAUUGUCAAAAAAUAUAAAUAGAUACAUGUGGAAUGUGGAUUGUUGAAUGCCCCAUGGUAAUACUUAAAGUUUUUUAAUACAUACAUUAUUUCACAGACGUAUUUUAUAUUUAUGAACGAAUAUUAAUUAGUUAUCAAAAAUGUCUGAUGGCCAAUUCAGUGAUUAUGAAGAAGAUAUAUCUACAAAGGUUAAGUCAGUGCGGUUUGCAGAUACUCCGACUUAUAAAGAAAUAAGCAGUGAAGAAGAGGAGCUGGACUCCGAUGACUACUUCUAUGAUUCGGACGAUCAAACACAAGGCCCAAAGAAAAAAGAAAAUAUCAAUCCCCAAGCUCCCACACACAAAGUAACGUCAUAUCAACCUAGUGAAAAGCUUUUUAAGAAGUAUAUUAAUCGUAUUAACGUCGAUAAGUAUGAACCGUCUAUGAACGAAAAUACUCAAAAGUUUAUAGAGCUCAAUGAUCGUAAAUUUGAUAAUGAAAGAAUUAGGAUUAAAGAUAAACAUGACAGGGCUACUGCUGAGCAGGUUAUGGAUCCCCGUACUAAAAUGAUUCUAUUUAAACUCCUCAAUAGAGGAAUCAUAAAUGAAAUCAAUGGAUGCAUAUCUACAGGGAAGGAAGCGAAUGUAUAUCACGCUACAUCAAAAGACGGUAGAGAUUUUGCUGUAAAGAUAUUUAAAACAUCAAUUUUGAUUUUUAAAGACAGAGACAAGUAUGUAUCUGGAGAAUAUAGGUUUCGAAAUGGAUACUGUAGAUCAAACCCCAGAAAAAUGGUGAAAACAUGGGCUGAAAAGGAAAUGAGAAACCUUGUAAGAUUGUUCAACGCUAACUUAAAUGUUCCCGAACCUAUAAUACUAAGAAGUCAUGUGCUUGUGAUGACUUUCAUGGGUGAGCAAGGAUGGCCAUCACCGAAAUUGAAAGAUGUUGAAAUAUCUCAAACUGUAGCUCGAUCAUUAUACAGAGAUUGUAUCACUAUGAUGUGGAAAAUGUUCAACAUUUGUAAAUUAGUACAUGCAGAUUUAUCUGAAUAUAAUCUAUUGUACCAUAACGGAAAUAUAGUUACGAUAGAUGUCUCACAGUCUGUAGAACAUGACCACCCGCAUGCUUUUGAGUUUUUGAGAAAGGAUUGUACUAAUAUAUCUGACUUCUUCAGAAAGAGAGGUGUAGCUACAUUGACAGUAAAAGAGCUGUUUGAUUUCAUCACUGAUGCAUCAAUUAAUGAAAGCAAUCUAGAGGAAUGUCUUGAGAAGUUAUCGGAAAAGGCAGCAUCAAGGAACUUUGAUGAAAUGAGUGCACAAGAGCAGAUUGAAGAAGAAGCAUUCAAAAAUGUUUACAUUCCCAAAAGAUUGACUGAGGUUAUAAACUAUGAGCGUGACAUAACAAAAGCUAAGAAAGGUGACACAGCUGACUUAAUAUACAAAAAAAUAGCUGGUUUCAAUGAGGAUCUCACAGGGACAGUGGAUAAACCGCAAAUUUUACAAGAACUUGAUAUAUCGGAAAGUGGUUCUGAUAGUGAAUCUGAAAAUGAUGAAGAUGAAGAUGGAAAAACAAAAUUCAAAAAUUCGGCCCGUCCCCGGGACGAAUCUCCGAACAGCAAAAAGGCGAGAAAGAAGGCUGUCAAAGAAGAAAAAGCGGAGAAACGUAAAACAAAAACGAAGAAACAUAUUAAAAAACGCAGAGAUAAAGGCACUGGCAAGAAAUAAAUAAAACAUAAUUAAA